UCAGUCGGUCGUUGUGUGAGAAAAACAGCUGUUGCAGAAAACCAGUCGAGAGACGGAGAAUGAAGGGAUGUAUGGACAGACCCGGACAAGAGACGGGGAAAGCGACUGAUCUCAGUCCAGCAGAUGAAGCCUGAGAGCCGAACACGAUGCGAGGAUCCAGCGCCAGCGAUUUGUCUCCAGCAGCGCUGCAGUGCUCCUGUGGAUCUGGAGAGGAGUCUCAGAAGAAGAAAGCCCCGCCUCCUCCCACACCGAGGCCACGCCCCACUCCCUCAGCCACACCCAGAGCAAAGAAACCCCACGUGCCUCCCAAACCUGUGCACCUGUGUCCGGUCCCUCCAGCGCCCCGCCGGCCCCUGCCCAGUCCUCCUCCGAGAGCCAGCGUCCCGUCUGCAGGGCCCAGGUUUCUGAUUCUGGGCGUCCAACGGAGGAGUGCGCUCCAUUGGGGAGCCAACAUGGAUUCUCCAGCCUCUGGAGAAGCCAGCGAUCAUCCUCAGCGCAGCGCCGCAGAAGAAGACGCACUUUCAUUUAAAGCCUGUGAGAUCUCUGAGCUCUUGAGAUUGUCCAGCUUGAACUCCCUCCAGACGGACUCUGCCAGUGACGCGGAGAUUACAGAGGAGCUUCAGAAAGAGCAUCAGAAACACUGCAGCGCUGCUCUGGAGAGUAAUCGCAGGGACGAGGGGAGCAGGAAACACACAGACGGAGACGAGGAGAGGUCACAGGGUCACGAGGGGACGGAGGCCAGCGUGAAGAUCCCCAACCGGGACAGUGGCAUCGACAGCCCGUCCUGCGGAGCGGAGGCAGAGGGCUUCUCCAGCGAGGACAGGAGCACAGAGACCCCCGCCGGACACAAGAGGGACUCCACACAGGACGAGGACAGCGACCUGGACGAGGACCCCGAGAGCCUGGAGAUCAAGUCACAGAAGCUGUUGAACAUCGCUAAAGAGUUGCUCCAGACAGAAGAAGCGUAUGUGAAGAGACUCAACCUGCUGGACCAGGUGUUUUGUGCUCGUCUGACCGAGGCUGGCAUCCCUGCUGAGGUCAUCACAGGAAUCUUCUCCAACAUCUCCAGCAUCUAUCUGUUCCACCAACAGUUCUUACUGCCUGAACUACAGACACGCAUCACACAGGAGUGGAGCUGUAAUCCACGCAUAGGGGACAUCCUGCAGAAGCUGGCACCAUUCCUGAAGAUGUACGGCGAGUAUGUGAAGAACUUCGAUCGUGCCAUGGAGCUGGUGAGCACCUGGACACAGCGCUCGGCUCAGUUCAAGAGCGUGGUCCAGAGCAUCCAGAAGCAGGAGGUGUGUGGGAACCUGACGCUGCAGCAUCACAUGCUUGAGCCGGUGCAGCGGAUCCCACGCUAUGAGCUCUUACUGAAGGACUAUCUGAAGAAGCUGCCCACCAAAGCCCCAGACCACAGAGACGCACAGAAUGCUCUGGAGCUGAUCUCCACCGCAGCAAACCACUCCAACGCUGCCAUCAGGAAAAUGGAGAAGAUGCACAAGCUGUUGGAGGUGUAUGAGAAGUUGGGUGGAGAGGAGGACAUCGUUAAUCCAGCUAAUGAGUUCAUUAAAGAAGGCCACUUCAAGAAGAUGUCGGCUAAGAACGGCAGUGCACAGGACCGAUAUCUCUAUCUGUUCAAUAACAUGGUGCUGUAUUGUGUGCCCAAGCUGAGGCUGAUGGGACAGAAGUUUAGCGUCCGAGAGCGAAUCGACAUCGCAGGCAUGGAGGUUCAGGAAAACACCAAGCAGAACAUCCCUCACACCUUCACCAUCAGCGGCAAACAGCGCUCGCUCGAGCUGCAGGCCAGGACGGCUGAGGAGAAGGACGACUGGAUAAAAGUGAUCCUGGCCACCAUUGAGAAGCACAAGCAGAACAGCGAGACGUUCAAAGCUUUCAAUGUGUCCUGCAGCCGUGAUGAGGAGCAGACGCCUGACACGCCGGGCCCGUUGAGCAGCGUGAACACAUGUGAGACAGACGGAGCUCAGUCUGAGAGGAAGAGCUCAAAGAAGCGAGAGAAGGAGAGAGAAACAUGCAAAGGCUGCAGUGAGGCCUUCCACUUCACCAAACGCAAACACCACUGCAAGAGCUGCAGCGCGGCCGUCUGUGGGAAGUGUUCGAAGGUGUCGGAGAGCAAGAACAUCCGUGUGUGUAAGCCGUGUUUUGAAGUCCUGCAGGGAGCUGAAGGGACAGCAGGGGGCAGCACUGAGCCCAAGAGAAAACUCGAGAAGCAGCUAUCAGUUGCUCAGUCUUCUCAACGAACAGGAAAAGUUGAGGAGCUGGACCAGGAGCUGGGCGGCCAUCACUGAAGCACAACCUCUGCUGCUUUACCAGCAAACCAGCACACAGGUCUCUCUGGCUGUGACAUGAGAAGAAGAAGGAGUCAGACGUGUUCAGAUUGAUUGAGGGCUGAAUGGAGCUCCUGUCACAUGCUGUAAAAGAGGAGCACGAGCCAAUAAGAUGCUUCCCUUCGCCUCUGGUCUCUACUCCUGUUACUUGAAAUCACUAUAUCCUCAGCACUUUUUCAUUCUUUCUUUUGGAGUUCGUUUUACCCUCCUUCAUUGCUCUUUCGGCUGCAGCUCAGUCUGUCAAUGCACUGUUGUUCUGGAUGAGGAUGUAGAGAAUGUUACGAUCAAUGUUUGGUUUUUCAUUGGUCGCCUUUCAGAUGUGUAAUUAGUUCAAGCAUUAAGCCACUGUUCUUGUGAUUCACUGUUAGUUCAAGUCACUGUCACGCACCCCUUUGUUCAUUCUUUCUGAUUGCAAAAGAUGAAGUCCUAGAAAUAAUAGUAAACCGAUGAGACCCACUGAACUGAAGCAUUUCACUCAAAACAACAGGAAGAAAUAAUAUUUUGCAUUAAAAAAAGAAGCCUGUUUUAGGGCCUUUUUUGCAUUCCUCUAUUUUUUUCAUGAUAAUUAAGCACAUUUCACCCCAAAUUCAAAUUUGUAUUAUACACAAGAAAAGUUGUUCUAUUUAAAUGUGUAGGGUUCAUACAUUUUGGUCAUACUUUAAUUUCAUAUAUAAUUAGUCAUAUGUAAACAAUUUCUUUAAAGGACAUUAUUACAAUAUUUAUAGUAAUGAGAAUCCCCACUGAGAAUGAAUGAGAAAAACCUAAUGCACACAUUACUGACGUUUUUCAAUCUCCUUUUUCGAUAUAUGAAUAAUGUCGCAAUGUAAAAUUAUCUAAAUGGUCCUAAAACGGCUUUAUUUUACACAAUGCAAACUUUUUCUCUGGUUUUUAGAGUGAAACAUUCACCCAUGAUUUCACAAGACAAGUGUGUUGAUAAAGUCCUCUGAAGCCUUUGGUAAGCUCGAACAUUCAUGGUGUGUUGCUUCCUCAAACUGUGCUGUUUUCUCCGUCUUCAUGAGGAUCCCCAGCUUCACUGUUUAAGGGCAGAUUGCUGAGGCAGGCCACUCAAUAUUACACCCUUCUGUAGAACAUCUGCCAUUUCAGUGCUUGAGGGGAAACUGUUCGCUGUUGUGUGAAUCUUAAGAUAAAGGUUUGGAUCAGAGGACUAAGUUUAAGAAUGUUUCUUUCCUGUCUCAACAAAGGCACACUUCUCUUUGGAAUGCACCAGUUUUGUGAUUGCAACAGAAGAUGUAUUGAAUGAUGUGACCCUUGCAUUUGCUUCCCUUUUUUAUAUAGUUUGAACCCUUGAAACAGAACCAGUAUUAUUAAAAGCAUUUUAUGUGUACAAAAGUUGUCUUCUAGCAUAUCAAUGAAUAAAAGAGUAUCUGGUGA